AUGUGCAACUUCGAGGCCAAAACAAACGAUGAAGAUGUGAAUGAUUUUUUGAAAAUGUGGAAUGAAAUGGCAGAAAAAUAUAACUGGAAUAAAAAUAUGAUGAAGAGAAAAAGUGAAUUGUUGGUGGAUAAAUUAAAGUCUUUUGAGAAGACGUAUUUCAGUGUUUCUGCCUGUAACGAAAACGAAGGCUCAAAAACCGCUGCAACCUCUGAAUUUGUGCCAACUCCCAUCGAGGUUGAUGUUUUUCCAUCUAAUGAGAAUGAUGAAGAAACAAAAAUUAUUGUCAAAAACAAAAACAUCGGUAUGGAACGCAAUCACAAAUUUAAAAAUAAGAAAAUUGGCAGCCAUUUCAAACGUUGCAAUAUAAAUGCGUGUAAAGAUAGUAGUAGUAAAAAGAAAGCAAUUGUUUCCGAGAACAACUGUUUGAAAAAUACCCAUCAUAAAAAGAUUUUAAAAACAACACUCGAAGGUAAUGGGGAUAAAAAUCUUAUAAAUUUUUACAAAAUUUUAAAUUACGCACUUGUUACGUUUUUGAACAGUUAUGAAGAUGUCGAUACAAAAGAUAAUAGUAACGUCUAUGAAAAUUUUAUUCAAUAA